AUGAAAUUUGACGUCAUCACGGCACUGCUGCCGUCUUGUGAUUUAGAUGGCUCACGUCCAAGCUGUGAAGAAGGUUGGGAGCAACAUGGAGCAAAGUGCUAUCAUUUCUCCAGCGAUAAAUCAACCUGGGAAGAGAGCAGAAGUGAAUGUAGAGGUCUAGGAGGAGAUCUGGUGACGAUAGAGAGCAGAGAGGAGCAGGUAUUCCUGUUGGGGAGACUGAGAGACAAAAUGGACAAACCUGAGGACAAGUUCUGGAUCGGACUGACGGACUCCGAGGAAGAAAACAAAUGGUUGUGGGCAGACGGCUCACCACUGGACAAGAGUUUGACUUUCUGGAGCUUCAAAGAGCCGGACAACUGGAAGGGAAAAAACAAGAAGGAUGGAGAGGACUGUGUGAGGAUGGGGGAGAAGAACAGAGCAGACCUGAGGUGUUGGUUUGAUAAAGACUGCAGAGUGCCUCACAGAAGAAUUUGUGCCAAACCAACAAAAACUUUAAAGUGUGUCUGAAAUGCAGUUCAGCUCAAGUCUUAAGGCUCAGCCUGUUAAACAAGCUCAGUACAGGAUGCAGAAUGUGGAGCAAUG